AUAGAAAAAAUAAAGAAAAAAACGAUCUCAAUUGUUGAUACUUUACUUAGAACAUUUUUUUUUAAUUUCCGGAUUUAGUCGUGGCGGAAAAUUCAAAUUUGUGUUUACUAAAAAUAAGUUAGUGAAUGAUAAAUAGAUGUAAAUUAGGCUAUCUGUUAUGCCGGUAUUUUUUCAUUUUUUGUAACUAUCUAUAAUUAGUUUCUAGUGAAAUCAUAAAUACGUUAUUAAUCUUCUCUAUAAAAUAACAUCACAAAUUGCAGAUAAAUAAAUUCAUAAUUAUUUUUUUCCAUAAUUAAUAUUUUGUAAACAAGAUAACCUAUAAAAAAACUUGGUGACUUCAAGAACAUUAUUGUAUUAUUUACCAAAAAAAAUUCGAGAAGAAUAAAAUAAGUAAAUAUUUUUAGCAAAUUAUAAGUAUUAUGGAAAAAUACGCAACGUUGACUUUGCCAUAUUCGUCUCUCCAAGGACUUACCAGAACUGCCAGUUUUUCAGAAUUGCCGACCUCUAACCGCCGCAUAAUUUAUCAGUCAACUGAUAGCGCUGGAAGUCUCAUUAAGCAGUACAGUUAUGAGCAAAUUUAUAUUAAAGGCUCCAAUAAUAUCAAAAAAAUUGAGUAUUCUACGUUUAUUACUAAUGAAAAAAAAUUAAAUGGUUCUGAUAUUUGGAAAAAAGAUAUUCCGAGAUAUAAUUCAGCUUCCAACCUUGCUUGGCCACCACGAAAUCAGUCUCAAGAUUUAAUGAAGAUGAAUAUUAAAAAAGAAAAAGUAGAUGCAACUACGGAGUCUUCCGACUUUUUAGCAUUGAAUGAAUUAAAAAUCUCUGAUCAUAAAUCUGUCGAAAAAAAUUCAGUGAUCAAAACAGAAAAAAUACUAUCAGCAACAGAUGUUUCAUCAAAUACUAGUCGACCGGCAAUAAACUACAAAAAACCUUCAUUAUUAAUAAAAGAAAAUGUUGAGCACCAGGGUGAUUCCAACAAGUCGAAUAUUCAAAAUAAAAUUCUAGAUUAUUCUCAAGUUAAAAAAAAUCUUCGAUCGUUAAUACCUCAGGAAGUGAUUCAAGAAUCAAGCCAAUCAAAAAAAAGAUAUGUUCAAUUCGGAAUAAUUUUACUAGUCAGUUUCAUUGCUUUAAUAUUUCCUGGUUUACUAUAUAAUACCAAGGAGAUGCCUUUCGAUUUUACUAAUGUAAGUCUGGAACUUCAAAAUAAUGUACUUGGUCAAGAUGAAGCAAUGAAUCAGUUACUUGAACAUUUUUAUCAUAAUGCAGAUAAUUUUAGUGUUGUUGUUUUUAUCGGUGGAACAGGAGUUGGGAAAAGCUUCACUAAAGAAAUAAUUGUAAAUCAUUUCCCUCAUCCGCAUAAUGUUUUUGAAUAUACUCCACCACUCCAGGAUUCUAUUGUACCUGCUUACGAUGCUUUAUCAAAUCUUCAAUGUAAUUUAGUGAUACUUGAAAAUCUUAAAUCUAAUCAUCUUGAAGAAUUAAUUGAAUUUGUUAAAUAUUUUAAUGAUCACAAAGAGAGGCCUUGUGUUAUUAUUCUUGCUAUAAUAAAUCCUCAAACAAUUGAUGAUCAUCUUGUUAGAUCGCUCGAUUUAAAUGUGAAUAUUAAAAAAGUUGAAAAUUUAUUUUCUCAAGAAAACAUUCCUGUUAAGAUAAUUGGUUUCAAAUGUCUAUCAUUAAAAGUUAUUGAUGCUUGCAUUGAAAAGGAAGCAAGGAAGAAUAAUAUUAAAUUGAGCGGUCAACAGUUCGAAGAAGUAAGGAAGAGUCUUGUAACUGCUAAUAGCGGAUGUAAAGGAGCAUACGCUAAAGUUCAACUUUAUAUGAAUUCAACACUGUAAUCAAUACCUUUUCAAAUUAUAAGUGAUAUCAAAAGUGAGUUGUUAUUUUUAUACUAUCUCAAUAAACACUGGUUGGUUACAAAGUUGUAUAAUUUUAUUAAAACAAUAAUU